AUGACUACGUUAACGUUUGGCAAGCAUAAAUCCAAGACUAUUGAGGAGGUAUAUGCUUCUGACUUUGGAUACUGCCGUUGGCUAUCGAAUCAAAAGGGUCUCGUUGCACAUGGUAGUGAUAUCGCUAAUUUCCUAGCUCAAAAGUUCGGCAAUGACGAUGGAUCGUUCCUUAUGACGUGGGGUAAAUACAGACACAAGACUGUUGAACAGGUCCAAGCCAUCGAUGCUAAAUACCUGGAAUGGUUGAGCAAGAAUGAAUUCGUUCAGGCCAAGAUGCCUAAGCUGAAGGCAGAAGGUGAUGAGUUAUUGAAAUCUGAAUUUUCCAAUAAAUUCUGA